AUGGGACGAAAGCUCCGAGCUGACGGCCGGUACCUGCAGUGCUGGCAACCAGGCUGCCUAUUCUCCUCGAAAGAUUACUACAUCUUUUCGGGAACCGGCCACUUCGUGGCAGAGCAUCGCUGGGCGCAAGAGCCCACCUCCGACCAGUGCGAGCGUCGGUGCCUGGUCAUCUCGCCCGCGCAGGGCAGAGCCAACAACUUCGCCCGCGCUGCCGCUCGCCGUGCUGCUCGCCGUGCUGCUCGCCGUGGUGUCACCGCUCCCGCUCCCCCUCCGACCGCCCCUCCUCCUCUGGCACUUCCUGUCGCUCCGGCCAUCACUCCAGCGACUUCUUCCGCUCCGACUGCGGCUCCGGCUCCGGCCCCGGCUCCUCCCUUGUCUGCCGUCUCUCCUCCGAUGGUCUUCUGGCCAGACAUCUUCCCCGCCGCCGCGGCAUUCGCGGCCUCAGACCUCCCAACCUCGCGGUGCUUCUUCGCUGUCGACAGCGACGGCACUGCAGGCCGGGUGCGCGUCCCCGCUGCUUCCUGGCGGGAACAGCGAGAGGCGCUGGUACAGAUCUUCGAUGGACGAUUCCUGUGGUUUGACGCAGGGGUCGACGAGGGCGCCCGAGUGUGGAGAGUGUGGGGAGAUGAAGCAGCCAUGGUGGCGCGAAUGUUGGGCGGAGAUGGAGAGGGGAUGGUGGGGUUGAUUGAAGGGGUGAAGGUUGCGGAAGUGGUUGGGGAGGGAAGGGGGGUUGUGGAGGCAGAGUUGGAGCGAGGUGGCCAGGGCUGGGUCACGGCCAGAGAGAUGGUGCAGGGAGACGAGGCGGAGUGGGAGGAGUGGGAGGAGUGGGGAGAAGAGGCGGCAAGGUAG